CGCUUUGACCUUCUUCUCGGCCUGGUGACGUUUGACAUCUCAUGUAGGUGGUCGCACGAUGGACGUUGCUCCUCACGAACAAUGAAAUGUCCGCUCUGAUCUUUUGAAUAUCAUCACUGUGCAGUCCCACAGAGUACUGCCAGAGUAAACCAAGGGAACAAUGGGGAAAUACGUUUGCUGCACAGGUUUGCUGAAAAACACCUGGGACCAAGUUUGCAUUGCUUUCUGGCAACGUUAUCCCAAUCCUUACAGUAACCACGUCUUGACGGAGGACAUCAUCUUCAGAGACGUUACUCCGUCCAACUGCCUCAUUUCCAGACGUCUGUUGACCAAAACCAGCCGUGCGCCUCGCUGGAUGGAGCCGUACCUCCCAAAGCACAUGACCAACUCGGCGUACAUCAUCGAGGACUCCGUCGUAGACCCUCAGAAACGGACCAUGACCACUCUGACCUGGAACAUCAGCCACGCUCGCCUCAUGUCUGUGGAGGAGCGGUGUUUAUACCAAAUGAACCCAGAGAACGGCUCCUGGACGGAGAUCAAACGGGAAGCCUGGAUCUCUUCCAGUCUCUAUGGGCUUUCUAGAGCUAUUCAGGAAUUUGGUCUGGCAAGGUUCAAGAACAGCGUCACAAAGACGAUGAAAGGCUUUGAGUACGUGCUCUCCAGAAUGCAAGGCGAAACUCCGUCCAGAACGUUGGCGGAGACCGCUACAGAGCGGGCAAGAGAGACGGCACUGGCAGCUAAAGAGAAAGCCAAGGACCUCGCCUCACAUGCUCAGAAGAAACAAUACGUAUGAUGAUGCAGCUGCAGGCUUUUAUAUCGUGACUAUUUUACAUUCGACCACUCUCAUAGCUCACGCAGUUACUUUGUGUUUUGCAACGGAUCCCAGUGUUGGUUUAAAAACACCUCUGUGAGGACGCAUCCUGCUGAACGUGGUGGUGAAAAGGCCUGAGCUGGGUUCAAGAGCCUGUUCCACCCGCCCUGAUUGUGUUUAUUGUACCUACGAUGCCACGUCAUUUCAGUAUUUACCACAGAUGGAGAUCUUGAAUAUGGCCCCCGGGUGCCAUAAAAGUAAUUGUGAUGACUUGUACUGGAAGUGUUCCUUAGGCUCUUGCUCAGCCUUUCUCUACCCACCAGGAUUUGCCUUUAUUUUCACUUCCCGUCUUGUUUUGUUUCCCCCAUGUUCUUUAUUGUUAACUUGGAGCACUACUUUAAAAUAUCACAUCAGUUCUUUGUGAUUAAUUUAUGUGUUAUUAUAUCCCAAUUGUUUUGUGUUGGUUCAGUUUACCCAGUUCUACCUUAGUUCUGAUGCUGAGACUGGUUUCCUGGCUGCUUCACAUUGUCAGAGAUCAAAGCUCGAUAACGUCUCGUCACCUGGCAUCUCUGCUGCUGUGUGAGAGCGAUACAUGAAGCCUCCUCUUAACUUGAUUGUCACCUCGCUGUAUACAUUCAUGUAGUCCUUGUGACUCUUCUUGCUUAAAUGAAGUAUCAGCUGGUCAAUAAAUUGACAUUUCCUAAUAA